GGCCGCUCGCCGAAACGAUCGGUUGCCGUCGGCAGGGGUCGCUAUAGGAAGGCCUCGCUGGCCACGGCGCCGGCGCCACGCAACCCGCUUGACGUAGCAAGAUGGCGGCGGCGAGUCGGAGGCGUCUCCGUCCGCACAGUGCUCGACGUCGAGCAGUCCGCGUACGCUCGCAACAACGUUUCACCGCAUUAAUGUGGUAGUGCAUCCGGAGCACCGCACACGUCCGCGGCCACGGUGCGGAGUCUCGUCCUUUCGUAUGCCGUAGUAUAAUCAACAAAAUCAUCGGGGGAAACAACGUGCACGGAACGUCGGGGUACCAAGUGCGAGCACGGCGGAGCGCAUCGUAGACAAGUGGUGAAACUCGAUCGUUUCGUUCGCGACGAUACAUCCCCGUUGAUUCUUUCUGUCGUGGUGCGUGUUCCUCGCCUCCCCCACACACGUCUCCCCGUUCUACCCGCGCCGUUCCUCCCUCCUUUUCCCUCCGUUUCUCUCUUUCUCUCACCCUCUCUCGUUUCGCAUCGCUCGCCCCGUCCUCUUCGCGGAGAGCUUCGAAGCCGAUUCCCAGCGAGCCGAGAUCCCCGCCGCAUAAAACUGUCCGUCGCGUGUUUCCUCGUUUCUUUUAUUUUUCGGCUCCUCCACCGAUCUACCUAUCGCCCGCUCGCUCGAUCGCUCGUUCACUAGCUCACCCUCGCCGUCCCUCGUUCAUCCCUCUUUCUCUCUUUCUCUGUUUCUCUCUCUCUCUCUCUCACCCUCAUUCUCUCUCUCUCUAUCAUACACACUCUUUCUCUGUCUGUGUCUCUUUCUCCCUGCUAUCCUGAACGGUUCCCCGAAGUUGUGCGUGAUUCUAUCCCCCGGUUUCGCGAGAUCGCGGUGAAAUGCCCGUAACCGGUCGUGGCUCGCGACGACGACGAAGACGAGGCGGCUGUCGUUGGUGUACGGUUCCUUGACGAGCACGGGAUACGUGCGAACCGGCGCAUGCACUGCAGCCCCUGCUACUAUGAUAAUAACGAGAAAGGUGGCACGGUGGGCGCUCCUCCUGAAGCGAGAGGCGCUCGGCCGAACCUACGGUGCAGAAAAGCGGUCCGAAGAAGCGAUACACCGGGGUGCCACGGCGAUGCUGCCUCGUUCCGGCCGGGUAGACGACAACAUCGACACCGACACCGACCACGACCACGACACCGUGGCCACCGACCCGAGGAGGACCAGCAGCUGCGUCGCGUUGGUGCUGCCGUUGUUGUUCCCGUACCACUACUACCGUUACUAUUAUCCUCGUGACGAGUUCGCCGCCUCGCUAUCGAAGCCCGACCGCCUCGCGCUCGCCGACGACCACGAGGACCAUUCGCCGCUAGGAAUCGCGGGGAUCGUGCAGCAACCGACCGACAAGCAGGAAACCGUCGACCGUCGAGCCGCGGCCGCGCCGGCAACAGCACUACUAGCAGCAGCACCGGUGCUAGCAUCUCCGUCGUCGUCGUCGUCGUCGUCGUCGUCGUCGCCGUCGUCGUUGACCAAGCCGAAGCAACCGGAGGAGCAACAGGACGUGGCACACGGGAAACAGAAAACGGAGAACGUGGCGAGAGGAACAGAAGUGGUGGUAGCGGCGCCCGAGAGCGUGGACAGUAACCGCCUUAGCCGGCAGAACGUGCUGGGUGCACGGUUUUGCGCGUGACCAACAGCCCCUCGCUGUUACGCC